AUGGAAGGGACAAACCAGCCUGUGACCACCAGUGACCCCGUGGCCACCAGUAGCCAGGUCACAGGAGCCACUGGAGGUGCCACCAGCCCCUCAGGACUCGUCACAGUGGCUCAGGGAGGGGGCAACCUGCUGCUGGCCACCAGUGGCCCCGUUGUCCCCGCAGAGCUGAACCUGCCCGUGGCCACCAACUGCUCCGGGGCCAGCUCCGGCCGCUUCCCGGUGGCCACCGCGGCGCCCCCCCCGCCCCCCCGCCCUGCCCCGCGGCCACCACCCGCCCCUCCCGUGGCCACCACCCGCCCUCCCGUGGCCACCAACUGCUCCGGGGCCGCCCGGGGCCACCCCCUGGCAGCCGCCGCCCCCCGCGGCCUCGUUCCCGCUGCCCCCUGUGCCCGCCGGGGGGGGGCGGGGGCGAACCGGGGGGGGGGCUGCCGGGAGCAGCUCUGCCCCUCCCCCACCGCCACGUGCCGCACCGCGACGCUCAGUGUGCUCACGGCCGGGGGCGGCCGCGUGCAGCGCGCGCUGGGGCGGGGCUGUGACGUCAGCGGCGCCCCCCCCGUGGUGGUGACGUUCGUGUCGCACGGGGAGCUCGUGACGCUGCGGGACGGGCCCCCCGGGACCCCCGAGACCCCCCCCGGGCCGCCCCCCGGCCCCGCGCUGUGUCCCACCUGCGACUCGGCCGACGGCUCCUGCGGCCGGCGCCCCCUGGCGGCGCUGCGCUGCCCCCCGCCGCGGCGACCGCUGCCUGGAGCUGGGGACGAGGGGCGCGUGCGCGGCUGCGGCUCCGCCGGGCGCUGCUCGGGGCUCGUGGCGCUGGACACCGCGGGCGGCCGCCGGGUGACGCUGCGCUGCUGCCACCCCGAGCAGUGCCGGGAGGAGCCGGAGCCGGAGCCGUCGGGGCUGAGCUGCUGGAGCUCGGACGGGCCCGAGGGCAGCGCCGGGAGGAGCCUCCGCUGCGGGGGGGGGCGGCAGCUCUGCGCCAGCGCCUGGAUCAGCGGCCCCUCGGACGAGCCGUGGCUGCUGCGGGGCUGCGCGACGCCGUCGUGGUGCGAGACGCCGCUGGGGGUCGGGGGGGCUGCUGGGGGAGGGGCCGCAGCCGCGCUGCUGCAACAGCUCCUGGUGCAACCGGCGGCUCGGAGACCCCCCGGAGCCGCCCCCCGCCCGCGGCGCCGCCCCCGCGCCGCCCCUCCUCACCCUCCUCAGCCUCAGCCUCAGCCUCAGCCCCCUCCUCACCCUCCUCAUCCUCCCCUGAGCCGCGGGGGGGGGGAGGGGAGGGGGCCUCGGCCGCCCCUCCCCCCGCCCCGGGCUGUGUGUGUGGGGCCCCCUCCCCCCCCCCCGAGGCCCCUCCCCCCAAUUAUUUAUGGUCAGUUAAUUAAUUAAAGGACUUGAAUUGGU